AUGAAGAUGGGAAGAGGAAGAACAAGCCGGAUCAGAAGACGGAAACUCUUCAGAAGUUCUGUAUCAAGAGGAGUGAAUGAGAGCUACAAGCCUGAAUUUAUAGAGCUUAAGAAGUGGCUGAAAGAUAGAAAGUUUGAAGAUACAAACUUAAUACCUGCUUGUUUUCCAGGUACAGGAAGAGGGCUGAUGAGCAAAACAUCCUUGCAGGAGGGACAGGUGAUUAUUUCGUUGCCUGAGAGUUGCCUGCUCACCACGGACACAGUGAUUAGAAGCUACUUAGGGGCGUACAUCGCUAAAUGGCGGCCUCCUCCAUCUCCUCUGCUGGCUCUGUGUACCUUUCUGGUUUCAGAAAAGCAUGCUGGGGACCAGUCCGUCUGGAAACCUUACCUAGAGAUUUUACCAAAGGCCUACACCUGCCCCGUUUGCUUGGAGCCAGAAGUGGUGAAUCUUUUUCCCAAACCCUUGAGAGCAAAGGCUGAAGAGCAGAGAGCCCGUGUGCGAGAGUUCUUUUCUUCCUCCAGAGGCUUUUUCUCUUCCCUGCAGCCUCUGUUUUCCGAGGCCGUCGGGAGCAUCUUUAGCUACCGUGCCCUCCUGUGGGCCUGGUGUACGGUCAACACCAGGGCCGUGUAUGUGAAGCCCAGGCGGAGGCGCUGCUUUUCUGCGGAGCCAGACACCUGUGCGCUCGCCCCGUACCUGGAUCUGCUGAACCACAGCCCCCGUGUGCAGGUAGAAGCAGCAUUUAAUGAGGAAACUCGCUGUUAUGAAAUUAGAACAGCUUCAAGCUGUAGGAAACAUGAAGAGGUGUUCAUCUGCUAUGGCCCUCAUGAUAAUCAGCGACUGCUCCUGGAGUAUGGAUUCGUUUCCAUCCGUAAUCCUCACGCUUGUGUUUAUGUCUCAGAAGAUAUACUUGUUAAAUAUCUUCCAUCAACAGAUAAACAGAUGAACAAGAAGAUUUCCAUUUUAAAGGAUCGUGACUUUAUUGAAAAUUUGACAUUUGGAUGGGAUGGACCAUCUUGGAGGUUACUCACAGCGCUUAAGUUGUUAUGUCUGGAAGCUGAAGAAUUUACAUGCUGGAAAAAAAUACUUCUUGGAGAAAUCAUUUCAGAUACAAAUGAGAAGAGAAGUUUGGACAUAGCCCAGAAAAUAUGCCAUUAUUUCAUAGAGGAGACCAAUGCAGUGCUUCAAAAGGUUUCUCAUAUGAAAGAUGAAGAAGUGGCUUCGGUAAACCAACUAACUUUGGUAGAAACAUUGUGGACAGAAGAGCUAAAGAUUCUGCAGGCCUCUGCUCUGAUUCUAAACAGUUUGCAAACACCUUUUAGGUAA